AUGGCGGACUCGGAAUUUGGAGACGAGUCCGAAUAUGGCCCAUCGUCUGUCAGGACAGUCAUCAUGGAUGCAGUCCUCAGACCGUUCCGCGCGCUGGUCUCUAAGUCCGCCCUACGGCUAUACCUGAACACGCUACUGUUCAUGGGCGCUGCAUCAAUCCUGAUAGGUAUCUCUGCAAUUGCCUAUGGGGUCUUCUAUUUCAAAUUCAUCCCCACGGUCGGACUCCAGCGCGAAGUCCAUCUACAAUUCGGCAAUGGCAACCCUUGGGGCACAGCAAACUUCGAUUCGGAGUUCGUGGCUUUCCAGCCCUACGAUGUAUCCGUGACGCUCGAGCUUCCACGCACGCCCUCCAAUCUCGAUACAGGCAAUUUCAUGCUCGACCUCACCCUCUUUUCUUCCCGACCUGCCUCAUCCCUUCUACCCGGUCCGAAUAACACGCCUAUCUCGCAGGCCCGCCGCCCUGCUAUCAUGACUUUUGCUUCCCCGCUGGUGGAUGUUGCCCGGAGAGCGGCGCGUAUGCCGUUCUAUGUUGUUGGUUGGCACCGGGAGUCGGAGACGUUGGAGGUACCGAUGAUGGAGCAGCUUGAAUUUUCGAAGGGGGCGCAAAAUUUACCGCAGAGUCUGCGACUAGAAAUUCAAAGUGACUUGAAGAUGCAGGUUUAUACCGCUCGGGUGGAAUUCCGUGCUAGGCUUACGGGGCUCAGAUGGCUGAUGUGGCGCUGGAAGAUUACAUCUUUUGUUGUUUUUAGCACUUUGUUCUGGUCUGUUUCUAUGCUCUCUGCUGGGUUGACAUGGCUGGCGAUGACUUGGGUUUGGGAGACUAUGCCUAAAAAUGAAAUCAAGGGGGAGCCGGAAGAGUCUGUCAAAGAAGAAUCGGACGGGGAUACUUCUGAUGAAUCUGCCGAGGUCAAACAGGAGCAGGAACAGGCAAGAUUGCUUUCUAGCUUUCCGGGUGAAGGUGAGGCUAGUACAGGCUCUGGAUUAGAAAGUGCCGAAGCCCGUGGAGUCCAGAGACGUCGAAAACUUUCUUCCCCUCCAUUCUUCACUCAUCUUCUACACACAAUGCAUAUCCUGGUCACCAACGACGACGGUCCUCCGUCAAAUCAAUCAUCGCCUUAUGUGCAUUCCCUCGUCCACUCGCUCCAGUCCGCCGGUCACACGGUUUCGGUUAUUCUCCCACACCAGCAGCGAUCAUGGAUCGGUAAAGCGCACAUCGUAGGCGCAUCCGUAAAACCUACCUAUUUCCGGCCAGGCACGCUCCACCAAGAAGAUGGAACAACUCAUCAUCUGCCCCGAGGCAGUGAUGGUGAACCCGACGAUGGUGCGGGCGACGAAUGGGUUUUGAUCGACUCGACUCCCGCAAGCUGUGUCCAGAUCGGUCUAUACCACUGUUUCAAAGAACGUGGCCCUGUUGAUGUCAUCGUGUCCGGUCCGAACUAUGGUCGCAACACAACCGCACUGUUCGCAUUGUCAAGUGGAACUAUUGGCGCAGCGUUGGAGGGUGCCUGCUGCGGCACGCGCUCAAUUGCUCUGUCUUAUGCUUUCAGCUCUCGGAACCAUGACCCUGUCAUUAUCGCAGAGGCCGCGGGACACUCGGUCAAGUUGAUUGAACAUCUAUGCGCGAACUGGGCAGACGGCGUGCACCUCUAUAGCGUUAACGUACCCCUCGAACCCGGCGUUAGUAAGAAUAAGGUCUUAUACACCGACAUGCUGCAGAAUCAGUGGACAUCUGGGAGUUGCUUCCAGGCUGUCGACCCUGUAUCUGCGGACGACCCUGAUUUGCAAGAACAGCUGUUGCGCGACCAAGGUGAGGUGGCAGGAAAUAAACCGGAUCAGACUGUCGGUACUAGCGAGAAGACAUCCCGUGGACCCCGAAUUCAACACAAGCAUUUCAAGUGGGCGCCGAGCUUCCAGGACGUUUACCGAAGCGUGGAGGAAAGUGAGCCUGGCAAUGAUGGCUGGACCGUUAAGGAGCAAAUGACUAGCGUCACACCUCUCAAGGCUAAUUUCAUGCCCGCGCCCGGUAUUUCGGGGGAGAUUAAGCUAUCGGCUAAUCACCCCUCGUUGUAUUCCCUCGUCGACUGCGAUAACUCCUACGUGCAAGAAAUGGUUGACCGGGCAUUGACCCGCCGCCUGGGAAGUGCCUCCAAGCGUGUGUUUUCUGUUUCCGAACUACCGGACUCCUCCGCGCCGCUGUUCCAGUACCGUGAAUAUGAGCGCCUCGACUUCGAGCAUAUCAUGUCCAGGCCCUCAACAUCUCUUUCGAGCGCAUACAUCAUCCGCAAAGCUCUGAUUCGCAAGCAUUAUCUCUCAAACACGGUGGCCAAUUGGAUCUCAAAACACCCGGAUAGCAUCCUCCGACACCACUUCAAGCCCGCUUUCGAUUUCGAACUCGACUAUGCCGAAUUUCUCGACGACGCGCUGCUCGAAGCAUACGAGCUCAAUGACAGUCUAGCCAAGAACGAAGGGUUACCCGACUCCGAAAAGGAAUGGUGGAUCCUUAAGCCCGGUAUGAGCGAUCGAGGCCAGGGAAUUCGCAUCUUCAACAGCGAAGACCAGCUACGUGAGAUCUUCGAGGAGUGGGAAGAAGACUCAGACGAUGAGAGCGGAUCGGAGACAAAUACCGACGACGCGGAAGGUACCGUCGGCGCCUCCCUGGACACAGGCAUUGUCACUUCACAGCUCCGCCACUUCCUCGCACAGCCCUACAUCGACCCUCCCCUCCUCCUCCCAUCGUCCUCGAACCGCAAAUUCCAUAUCCGCACCUACGUCCUCGCCUCGGGUUCUCUCAAAGUCUACGUCUUCGAGGAGAUGCUUGCCCUCUUCGCUGCUAAGACCUACUGCGCCCCACACGAAGAAGAUGACGUCGCUGACCUCGCCCGCCAUCUGACCAACACCUGUUUCCAGGAAGGCGGCAGCUCGAACAAAGAGAGUGUGCGUCGCUUCUGGGACCUCGACCAUCACGUCCCCGGUCUCAGUGCAGACUGGAAGGAGAAGAUCUUUGAUCAGAUCUGCUCGGUGACUGGUGAAGUGUUUGAGGCUGCCGCUCGGGGCAUGAUGGUUCAUUUCCAGACUCUGCCUAAUGCCUUCGAGUUGUUUGGUGUUGAUUUCCUUGUUGAUGCUAAAGGGGAUGUGUGGCUUCUGGAGCUCAACGCGUACCCAGAUUUCGCGCAGACUGGUGAGGAUCUCAAGGAAGCUGUGAUUGGGCGCUUGUUUGAGGAGGUGGUCGAUGUUGCUGUCAAGCCGUUCUUUGGACUAGGUGACGGCGCUGGUACUGAUGAUAUGAAAUUGGUUGCUGAUGUCGACCUCGGGAGACAUGCUUAG